CAUGUUUUGGACCAAAUACCUACUCCAAGUGGGAUCAGGCUUAAACUCAGGGAGGAAAAGGAUCGUGUUGGUUCUACUUGCAUAUGUCUGGGAAGAUGCCUUCCUUGCAGGUGUCGAGGCAGAGAAAAUGGCCUUGAACCGGGGUAUUGCAGCUGUCAAGGAGGAUGCGGUGGAAAUGCUGGCCAGCUACGGGCUGGCCUAUUCCCUGAUGAAGUUCUUCACGGGUCCCAUGAGUGACUUUAAAAAUGUGGGCCUGGUGUUUGUGAACAGCAAGCGAGACAGAACCAAAGCUGUCCUGUGCAUGGUGGUGGCCGGCGCCAUCGCUGCCAUCUUCCACACCCUGAUAGCUUACAGUGACCUAGGCUACUACAUUAUCAAUAAACUGCACCAUGUGGACGAGUCCGUGGGGAGCAAAACGCGGAGGGCCUUCCUCUAUCUUGCCGCCUUCCCUUUCAUGGAUGCGAUGGCCUGGACCCACGCUGGCAUUCUCUUAAAACACAAGUACAGCUUCCUGGUGGGAUGUGCUUCCAUCUCGGACGUCAUCGCUCAGGUCGUCUUCGUGGCCAUCUUGCUUCACAGCCACCUGGAGUGCAGGGAGCCCCUGCUCAUCCCGAUCCUGUCCUUGUACAUGGGCGCCCUCGUGCGCUGCGCCACGCUGUGCCUGGGCUACUACCGCAACAUCCACGACAUCAUCCCCGACCGGAGCGGGCCGGAGCUGGGGGGAGACGCAACAAUACGAAAGAUGCUGAGCUUCUGGUGGCCGUUGGCUCUCAUCCUGGCUACACAGAGAAUCAGCCGGCCUAUCGUCAACCUCUUCGUUUCCCGGGACCUUGGUGGCAGUUCUGCGGCUACGGAGGCAGUGGCAAUUUUGACAGCCACGUACCCUGUGGGCCACAUGCCAUAUGGUUGGUUGACGGAAAUCCGUGCUGUCUACCCUGCUUUUGACAAGAAUAACCCCAGCAAUAAGCUGGUGAGCACCAGCAGCACGGUCACGGCGGCCCACAUCAAGAAGUUCACGUUCGUGUGCAUGGCCUUGUCACUGACGCUCUGUUUUGUGAUGUUCUGGACCCCCAACGUCUCUGAGAAAAUUUUGAUAGACAUCAUUGGAGUGGACUUCGCCUUUGCAGAACUCUGUGUUGUUCCUUUGCGUAUCUUCUCCUUCUUCCCAGUUCCAGUCACUGUGAGGGCUCAUUUCACUGGCUGGCUGAUGACACUGAAGAAGACCUUUGUCCUGGCCCCCAGCUCCGUGCUGCGGAUCAUCGUCCUCAUCACCAGCCUCGUGGUCCUGCCCUACCUGGGGGUACACGGAGCCACCCUGGGUGUGGGCUCCCUCCUGGCGGGAUUUGUGGGAGAAUCCACCAUGGUCGCUAUAGCUGCAUGCUACGUCUAUCGGAAGCAGAAAAAGAAGACGGAGAAUGAGUCUGCCGUGGAGGGGGAGGACUCGGCCAUGACGGACAUACCUCCAGCAGAGGAGGGGACAGACAUCGUGGAGAUGAGAGAGGAGAAUGAAUAAGGCACGGGACACACGGUUACUGCGGGGACAGUUGAGAUGACACGUUAGCAUCAUCUCCUCUCCCAUCAAGUUCUUGUUUUGGUUUUGGUAACGAAAGAGGCCUUCAUUUCAAGGUUUCGUGUAAACUCUGGCAUACUGGGUAUGCUCACACAUAGGUGGGGACCUAGAGAACGGUCUUUGCCAUUGCUUUGUAAAAACCAACAAAACAGUUGACUUCAUGCCCCUGCUUCAUGAAAACCCGAAAGACAUUGCUGCCUCAUAGUCCCAGUUGUCUCAGCUUCCCUCGGACGAUCUCCACUUGGAACCAAAGGACUGCGGCUCUGCCAUCCAUCACCCCGUGGCCACCACUGCCCAGCAGGCCACACGCUUCACCCUGUUCCUUGGCAUCUCGCUUGAGAUUCGACAGGUUAAACUUGGCUUUCUGCGUUCGGCUGUGCAGAACGAGGUAACCCCAGUGGCCUUCCACCGUGGAGUCAUCACCUGUCUGCUGCACAUGUGCAGAGGACCAGCCCACACGGGCCGUUCACGCUGAAGAAGGGAUCUGUGAGCGCUGGGCAGAUGGAUGGAAACAAUCUCCGGUAGGGAAGUUUGAGGUGCCACAGGGGCAGUCACGACAGCAUCAAAUGCUCGCGUUUCUCCUGGCCUCCUCCUAGACCUGAGUGAGCUCCCACCCUGCCCCGCCCUGUACAUACCUGAGCUACCUUUACCCUUGCCACAAGCGCGCAUCCUCAGAUUCCAGCAUCCUCCGCAUGGCUUCCCUUGUAGGCUUGUUUUUCACUCACCUUUCCUGAAGGUGGCUCUGGAGCAAAGGAAAUGGAGCUAACUCCACAUUUUAGUUUUGACAGUGAACUGAAGCUUUAAGUCAUAAUCUAGCCUUCUAAUGCCAGGUUGCUGUAUCGUAACUUUUGGAAUAGAUGUAUUACCUGGUUCAGCCAUUCUUAGUCAUAACCACGCGGUACAGGUAAUUCCACGUGUACGCCCCUCUCACGCCACAAGAUAAAGCAAGACAUUUUAUAAACAAUUUCAAAGUCACUAUGUGAUAUUCCCUGAGAUGACACAUAUGAAAUCCAUUUAGUGCAGUAUAUUUUUCUAAGUUUUGGAAAGCGGGUUUUUUCUUUAAAAAAAAAAAAAAA